AUGUUCAGCAAGCUCAUCCCCUUCGCCCUUCUCGCCCAACUUGCCUCUGCUCUCGUCCUCCAGAUCCCAGAGAAUCCCACCAGUGGAGGAUCUGUUACCAUUAGGUGGACCAACGAAGCCAGCGAUACGUUCGACACCUUCUCCCUGGAGCUCAUUAACACCGCCUUCAACAAUGCGUUCGCCAUCGCCAACAACGUCAACCCAUCCGCAGGCCAGAUCACCCUCACCCUCCCCAUCGUCCCCGUUGGCUCCGGGUACACCCUUGAGGCUGUGAAUAUUGGCAACAUCAACGACGUCUUUGCGUCGACGGGCUCGUUCUCCAUCGGUGCCUCAACCGCGUCGGUGACUUCGACGUCGACGUCGGCCUCUGGCUCGACCUCUGGCACUGUCUCUGGGUCUGGAAGCAGUACGGUUGCCACGUCUCGCACUACGCAAUCUGGGCUCUCGACCAACAUUGUCACCACCACGGGCACAAGUUCGACCGACUCCCUCGCCGCUACCACCUCCGACACGGCGUCCGCCACGCCCUCCACUUUUGGUAGCGGUGCUAUGGGCCUGAACGUGCCCCUUGGCAGCCUUGCAGCCAUCGUCGUCUCUGGCCUUGCUGGAGCCGCCAUGAUUGCGCUCUAA